GUGGAGAUCGGGGAAUUAUGAGAUUGCGGGGGACGCGCGCUGGUCUCCUGUUGCUUUUAAAUGUGGCGGCAGUUGGUGCUGGCGUGGGCGACGGAGCGGGUGGGCUCUGUAUCCUUUCGUGAGCUCUGUUGGCUUUUUGCUCUCCUUCCUUCAGGAGCGUAGAUACUAAAAGCCUAGCUCGAAGCACGCUUAGGGAGGGAACGGUCGUCGAAACUCAGUGGGGCGAUUUUUUUUUUCUCUACAACUAAAUAGUCAAGAGGAUUCAGACUAUGAAGAUUAACCAAAACACUGUACUGCAGGGGAAGAGGGUAGCCCUAGUACCAUACACGUCUGCUCAUGUACCCAGAUACCAUGAGUGGAUGAAGUCUGAAGAACUACAGCGUCUGACUGCAUCUGAACCACUAAGCCUUGAACAGGAAUAUGAGAUGCAGUGCAGCUGGCGGGAAGAUGCAGAUAAAUGCACAUUUAUAAUACUUGAUGCUGAAAAGUGGUCUAGCCAGAAAGCCACAGAAGAAGACUGUAUGGUGGGAGAUGUGAACUUGUUCCUUACCAAUUCUGAAGAUCCAACAGUGGGAGAGAUAGAAAUCAUGAUUGCAGAGCCCAGCUACCGUGGCAGAGGGUUUGGCAAGGAGGCCACUCUCAUCAUGAUAUUUUAUGGAAUUACGCAUCUUGGACUCGCCACUUUUGAGGCAAAAAUUAAAUUGGAAAAUGAAACCAGUAUUGGCAUGUUCAAAAAAAUUCAUUUUAAAGAGGUGGGAAUAAAUAGUACUUUCCAAGAAGUGACACUGAAACUGAUUAUGGACGAACAGGAGAAACGGUGGCUUCUUGAGCAAACUAAUGGAGUGAUUGAAACAAAAUACAUUGCCAUGAAACUACAUCACAAUUGUGACAGCUGAGAAGCUAUGCUCAAUUUGUCUCAAAUUUAGAAAAAUGGCUUUUUAUUGUCCAAAAUUGGAAAUCGUGUCUCGAAUCCAUGGCAUUAGUUCUUGUUGAAGAAGAAAAUGAAGUGUGACCUCUGCCUUGUUAUUGCCUUAGGUACUUUUUUUCUAAGGAUAUAAACCUCUAGGAUAGUUACAAUAAACUGCCUCAUCUUUGUGAGAAAAAAGAAUUUUCAGCUGAAAACUCAUUCAGCUUGAACUGAGUUUGAUCAACAGCUGCUGUCACAAUAUGUCCUGGACUUUUUUACUUUUUAAUUCAGUACAAAUAGCAAAGUAUGACUGAGCUGCAUUUUGAGGCAAAGAACUCAAGGAUGAUGUUACAAAUAGGUCAAGCGUGCUGUCACUAUAAUGGCUACAUUUUACCAAAAACCCUAACUUACCUUCUAGGAUGUUUUCCAACUUCCCAGUCUACAACACAGUGUUUGGAUUUCCUACUGUAUCACAAUCUAGUAUUAAUCCAGGACAACACGGCAGGUUUUUUUUUAAAAAAAUAAUGGGAUAGAUCAGCUAAUGCUAAUGAAAAGAGCUGGCUCUGCCUGCCUGUAUAUAAAUGUUUUAUGGGUAUUAUACAUUAUGAUGGUCCCAUAUCUGUACAUCUCCAUUAGGGAAUCAAUCAUCCAUCAAUUUCAUUUGUGUUACAUUUAAGUCCUCCUUCAGAGUGAUUUCUCAAAAAUCCAGUGGAACUUGUUCUUUUUCUAUAAUUCUAAGAAAACAUACUUUGUCCAUUUUUUCAUUAA